UGGGCGCCUGGGUAAUCGAGGAAACUCAAGAGAUUCCUCUCCGUAGCUAACAGUAGCUAGCCGGCUGCUAUUCUUCUGGACAACGCAGUUGUGGUUGUUUUAUUGGCCGUUGGCCAUCUGCUUCUUUUGUCCUUCGUACUUCGGGGAUUUCCUAAUGCGCCGUCCGUGACUAAAGUGAGGCGGACACCGACGGAGAAGUUUAUAAACGCUGGAUGUUCGGUCACUCUUGCUUUCCCACAGGAUGCUAGGACAUAAUCAGACAGCUAGCUAGCUAGCUAGCCAACCUGCUAAAGUAGCAGCACUGUCCGGAUGCUUUGAACAGCUAAAAACGCAGCGGAUUUUGGGGAGUUUCUAGUCGGCCUCGCAUGAUGUCAAGCAACCGGCCACAGCAAAGCCCUGGCGGGGCGAGUUCAGUGCCCAGCACGAGUAACGUUAGCGGCAGCAGCGCAGGAGGCACUGGGAACACAAACGGUGGCGGUGGGAGCAACGCCGUCACAAGUAACGGGAACAAUUCUGGAAAUGUUGUGCCCUCCCGGACCCCGACAGGAGCCAGCGAGGGGGGGUCGUCGGUGCCAACGUUGGCCGCCGUGCCGUCGUCCCGGGGCGGGUUCGCAUCUCUGAGCAGACCCGUUGCGUCCUCGGGCAGCAGGAAGAAGUCUCUCCACCAAGCGCCCCUUUACAACGGCCUCUUGAACUCAUACGAAGAUAAAAGCAACGAUUUUGUCUGUCCCAUUUGCUUCGAAAUGAUAGAAGAGGCACACAUGACCAAGUGCGGGCACAGUUUUUGUUUCAAGUGUAUCCGCCAGAGUCUGGAGGACAGCAACAGAUGUCCCAAGUGUAACUACAUCGUGGAUAACGUGGAUCAGCUCUACCCCAACUUCCUCGUAAAUGAACUGAUCCUGAAACAGAAGCAACGGUCGGAGGAGAAGAGGCUAAAAUUGGAUCAUCCUAACGGGUCGAGGUGGCAAGUGUUCCAGGACGUGUUGAGUCCCGACCAGGAGAACUUGGACCUGGCUAAUGUCAAUCUGAUGCUGGAGCUCCUGGUCCAGAAGAAGAAGCAGCUGGAGGCGGAAUCCCAAGCAGCUCAGAGACAGAUCCUCAUGGAGUUCCUUAAAGAAGCCAGGAGGAACAAGAGAGAGCAACUGGAGCAACUGCAGAAAGAGCUCAGCUUUCUUGAAGAAGACAUUAAGCGUGUUGAGGAGAUGAGCGGGCUGUACUGUCCCAUGAUGGAGGCCGAGUGUACGGUGCCCAAUGUUGAGGCUCCCUCACCUGCUCCCAGCUGCAGUAGUAUCAUGGAGACACCAGACUACAGCCAGCCUCCAGGAUUUGGUGGAACAACCCAGGGCAAAAGACAGACCUGGUACAACAGCACCUUGGCAUCCAGGAGAAAGAGGCUGACGGCUCAUUUUGAGGAUCUGGAGCAGUGCUACUUCUCCAACAAAAUGUCACGCAUCACAGAUGAAGGCAGGAACCUGAACCAGUUGGAUGAUUUCAUGGAGUGUCUGUCUAAGUUUACCCGCUACAACUCUGUGCGGCCGCUCGCCACCCUCUCGUACGCCAGUGACCUCUACAACGGCUCCAGUAUUGUCUCCAGUAUUGAGUUUGACCGCGACUGUGACUACUUCGCCAUCGCUGGUGUGACCAAGAAGAUCAAGGUGUUUGAGUACGGCACAGUGAUCCAGGAUGCGGUGGACAUCCACUACCCUGUCAAUGAAAUGACCUGCAAUUCCAAAAUCAGCUGUAUCAGCUGGAGCAGCUACCACAAGAACCUUCUGGCCAGCAGUGAUUACGAGGGUACCGUCAUCCUGUGGGAUGGAUUCACCGGCCAGAGGUCCAAAGUCUACCAGGAACAUGAAAAAAGGUGUUGGAGUGUUGACUUCAAUCUAAUGGACCCCAAGCUGUUAGCCUCCGGUUCUGAUGAUGCGAAAGUGAAGCUUUGGUCGACCAAUCUCGAUAACUCUGUGGCCAGCAUUGAGGCCAAGGCCAACGUCUGCUGUGUGAAGUUCAGCCCAACCUCCAGGUAUCAUCUGGCCUUUGGCUGUGCAGACCACUGUGUCCACUACUAUGAUCUACGCAACACGAAGCAGCCCAUCAUGGUGUUUAAGGGCCACAGGAAGGCCGUGUCCUACGCCAAGUUUGUCAAUGGAGAGGAAAUAGUUUCUGCGUCCACGGACAGUCAGCUGAAGCUGUGGAACGUCAACAAACCUCACUGCCUGCGCUCCUUCAAGGGUCACAUCAAUGAGAAGAACUUUGUGGGCCUGGCUUCCAAUGGAGACUAUGUUGCCUGUGGCAGUGAAAACAACUCCCUGUACCUCUACUACAAAGGGCUGUCAAAGACGCUGUUAACAUUCAAGUUCGACACGGUGAAGAGUGUCCUGGACAAAGACAAGAAGGAAGACGACACCAACGAGUUUGUCAGCGCUGUCUGCUGGAGAGCGCUGCCCGACGGAGAGUCAAAUGUCCUAAUUGCUGCAAACAGUCAAGGAACAAUUAAGGUUCUUGAGCUCGUCUGAAGGCCACGUCUUCAGUGUGUGAGAUAGAACGUCCAUCAGCUCCUCUGUGUUUGAUAGAGGAUCAGUCUGAUGCAGGGAGGAGCCCAGGCCGCCCGCUGAACCAGGAUACCGACAACAGCGACAGAGAAAGGAACCGAACCCCCGUCUUCUUUUUAAUGAGCUGCAGCAGAAAAGACUUUGGACCAGGACGUCUGUACAGCCGGAGGAGACGUGCUGGCAUUUUACAGCAAAAGAAACCAGGACCUAGCUUGGGCACACAAUGGAACAAGAGACUUUAGCAAGCUUCUUUUUUUGUUUCUUUUACGGUAAAAUGAUAUCAGCUACAAUAGAAACACCUCUUUAUGAUUUUAGGUCAAAUCAAAACUUGUACCCGUUUUUUAUUUUAUUAUUAUUAAGCUGUUGCUCUCGAGGGUACAUCCAUCCGAAUGCUACCAGUGUGAUGCAUUGUUUUCCUUUUUAAAGGCCAAAGCACAAGACAAAAUCACAUGCAGAAAUCAUGUAUUUUACCCCCCCCCCACCCCUACAUACAUUGUUUGUCAACCAACUGUUUUCCCUCUUUACUUUUAGUUCUUUUGGUGUUCUUCAGAUUGGGAGAAACCAGUUUUAAUAAAUAAGACUUGAAUUUCAUUCUGUCAAGUGUACCGUCGGUUCCUUUUGUAGCUGAAGAGUGUAGACGGUCGGGUAGUGUACAGAGGUCAUGGGCAGCCAUUCUCAUGUAGCUUAAGGCAUUGGUCUGCAAUGCUACAUCUAACUGGAUUAUUUCUCCACUUACACGAGCUGCUUGUUGAAAAAUCACAGAAUCAACAUGUAGUUUUCUUUAAAGUAUCAAAGGAAUUAGUGUUCACAUACUGGAGGUUAACACAGCUGUGCACAACAUCGUCACGGAGAGGAUUUUGGUAAACACCGCCAAGACCUACCUAUUUUAUGAUAACUGAGUGAGAGAGGUGUUUUGUAUUUGUAUAACUGAAUAAAUUAUUUCAAAACAA